ACGAGAUCUACUCCAGGAUAGCGCGCGCGGUGGAGGAGCAGCCACACGGAACCAGCUCAGCCCUUUCUCUCUGGAUCAUCUCAAUGUUUGUUUGUUUAUGUGGCAUUUCUUCUCUCCGGAAUAAAGCUGUCAGAGGGGGGGUUGCUGCAGUAUGUCGGCGCUGAAGGAGAACCAGUGUUACGGACUGUCCAGCGGGACUCUGAGCCCCGGCGGUAACAUCUCUGUGUUUCAUGUCAAACUCACUGACAGCGCGGCAAGAGCCAUUGGCUCCUUUCAAAACGACAAGGGUCGGUCUCUCCGUCCCACCAUCUGUUUCAACGGCAACAAAGGGAGGAUCACCGUGCCUUGCUCUGAGAACAGAGACGACUUGAGGAAGUUCACCUUUGGCGUGACGAGCGUCGCCCGUGAUAAUCCGAAUGGAAGCUUUGACUGCUUCCAACAGCUUAGCACCGGUGCUACCGAGGAGCUGUCAUGUCUCGGGGUGAUUCAGAAAAAGAUGACGGUAAACGCUACAGAUGACUCGUACGAUAAGGCUCGUCAGAGCAUGGCCCAAGCUGAGGAGGAGACGCGCAGCCGAGGGGCCAUUGUCAUCAAACACGGGGGGCGCUUCCAGGGCAAGAAGGUAACAGUGCGAGCCCCGGCCCCCGCGCUGGCUAGCUUGACCAAGCCUCCGCACUCGUCCCAGUCUCCCCUUGGCAAUGUUAAGAGGCGUGUCCAAGUUGCCACGUCUAAGCCGAAGAAGGGCGCCUGCGCUUCGAACAGGGGCGGCGUGGGUGAUGUGCAGGAGAGGCCGCUCAGGGAGAGAGUAACACAUCUGCUGGCCCUGAGGCCGUUCAAGAGGCCUGAGCUCAUCUUGAGGCUGCAGAAAGACGGACUGACGGCGGGAGACAAAGACGUGCUGGAAUCUGUGCUGACGGAGGUUGGGCAGCUCAACGGUAGAGACAAAACCUUUGUUCUGAAGGACGGUCUGUAUAAGGAGCUGCACAAGGAUUGGCCAGGCUACAGCUCAGGAGACCAGCAGCUUCUGAAACGAAUCCUCGUCAGGAGACUAUUUCAGCCACAACAGAACCUCCUCACGGUCCCAGAGGCCCAGGUCAGUCCACUGCGAGAUACACCCAACUCCUCCCCAGCGCACCGUCCGAAACCUUCCCUGCUGGAGGAAUACACUGACCCUUUGGCGAGUAAGAAGCCCAGGAUAUCCCGCUUGUCUUACAAAACGGCCAACGACAAGUCAAGAGUGAAGCCGUCUCAACAAGCGGCUCAUGAAGACAUCACAGAAGUGACAGGGAAUGACGGGCAGGUGAACUCGCUUGAUCCUCGGAAGCUUUUAGAAUCCUUGUCAGCAGCCUGUCAGAGGGAAGCAGAAGUGGCCAAGAGGCUCGAACCAACUGCCUGUCUUCAGGAGAAACCUGAAGUCACAGCAGACUCUCCUAAACCCAACGCUGACCUCCCUCUGACCCCUCUGAUAGUGUCCGACCUGCACAGACACACCAUCAAAAGGAAGAAGAGCAAACACAAACACAGAGAUCAGGAGAAGGAGAAGGAUAGGUUGAGAGGCAGGAAAGAGAGGAGAAAAGAUCACAGUUCAGAGGAUCCAAUCAAUGAAGUCUCCAUGGACUGCAUAGGAUCAAGUGAAAUUUUGUUUGACUCUCGUGCGAUUAAAGCUGACAAUGGCACGGCAGACUAUCUAUCUGUCCCUUUGUGUUCUCUGCACAGGAAGUACACGGCGAUCUGCAGUCAAGACCAGAGGCAGAGCUUUAAGCAGGACUUUAACACGGAGUACAGCGAGUACAGGGAUUUACACGCUCGCAUUGACGGAGUGACGCGGCAGUUCAUGGAGCUGGACACGCAGCUCAAACGGCUCCACCACGGUUCACACAAAUACAAGACGGUUCGUAAUCAAAUUCUUCAAGAGUAUCGCAAAAUUAAAAAGUCCAACCCCAACUACAACCACGACAAAACUCGCUGUGAACAUCUACACAACAAACUGGCCCACAUCAAGAAGCUCAUAUCAGAGUACGACCAGCAACAGCUCUGACGGUGAGACCAGUGAACUUUAGAGAGCACAAUAAUCCUCCUGAGGCAAGGCUGGUUCUCGCUGCUGAGCUGGAAAUCUGUGGUCUUUAUGGCUAAACGUAGUUUCACAAGAUCCUGCUGGAAAGGUCACUGAGGUUGGGAGUCAUUUGUGAAGAGCAGCCGUGGGUACGCUGGGAAAAGCAGACUUAUGAUAUGAAAUCUUUUCUAAGAAGAUGGGAACUCUUUAUAAAACAUAAAUACAAAUGCUUCAACCAACGGGCUGCUACUAAAGUGACACAACACUGCCAAGGACACGAGUAACAAUAGUUUUAUAAAUGCUCCUGAAGCUCUAAAAUAAUGCAAAGGGAUACAUGUGGAGAUGAGGUGCUAAGUUAUAAAUCAUCUUGUAGAUUCCCCAUCCCCCAUUUAUAAUUUUGUUUGUGAACCAAAUAAUUUUGGGUAUUUGCUUACGUGUUCCUCAGCCAUGUCGGUGUUAUUGUGUAAUCCAGAAGCAUGAGAUACCUGCACGCUGUACAUUCCCAGACAGCUCUUACGAAUGGCAGCUGGGAUGCAGAUGUGCACAAACACGUCUGUUCUUCGGGUUUGAUGAAUUGAGACUAUCAGUGUUGUGUCAGUUCUCCUUAGUUCAUAACUAAUAGCUAAUCACUCCUGACAGUAUUGCCAGUGCCUGAAAUGGUUUUAUAAUUCUGGACUAGAUUCAUAGUAUUCCACUAGUGUCAUCCGUCAUGUGGCUUUCCUGGAGCACAGACAACUGUUAUGUUAAUCACAAUGUUAACUUCAAGUUGUUUUCAGGGAAUUUACAGUACGAGCUGCAGUAAAAGUGUUACUGGUUUUUAAUAAUCACAGUAUGGUUACUGUAGGCUUAGAUGAUGAACAAUUAAGAAACAAAAAGUUUUUGUUGCAUGCUGGUAUUUUUCAAAAUGCAUGCAUGAGGAAUAAAUCUGAAGUUUUGUCAGAGUUUCAAAUAAAUAAAUUUGUAUUCAUUU